CCUUCUCCUUCCUUAUUCAGGGCAGCCAGACAUAAUCAAAGCAAGAGGCCCAGGGAGACUACCCAAGUCUCAAUCUCUCAGGGCGUGCAGAGGCGAAGCUCAUAAAAUGGCUCUGGAUGUCCUCACCGUGGCCCCCCUCUACAAAGGUCCUGACAUCAACAAAAUAAGGCUGAUAGCCCAGACAACCAAAAAAUCCACCAUCCCACCUAAAGCCCUGACCCCCGCCAAGACCAAACUCACCACCAUCGAGACCAAGAGGAUCAUGUCCGUCCUGGAUGAGACCAUCCACAAGGUGGAGCUGGUGAGCCUGCUGUCCCACGGGGCUUCCGAGUCCAAGACUUCCGAGGGGACGCUGGGGCCGGACGUCACCAAGGCAGUGAAGGAACACGAGGAUCUCUGCCAGGUCCUCCUGGACCGAGUCAGUUACCUGCAGGAGGAAAAAAGGAAACUGCAGGAGGCGGAAGAGUUCGAGGACGAAGCGUGGUUCCGAGAGCGCCUCUUCGCCAUGGACGAGCAGAAAUCCCAGCUCCCGCAGCUGAUGCAGGAGAUCAAAGAAUCCACCAAGAACGUCGUGAGACUCCUGCUCAGUAACCCCCAGGCCGCCAGUCUGUUGCAAGCGCAGACCCUGGGCAGGAGCGAGGAAGCCCAGUGUUUUAUCGAUAGCCUGGUAGAACUCCGAGGUUUCCUAUUUGAGAAGUUACUCACCAGUCCCAUGGAAGCCAGAGACAAGAUCCAGUUCAUCCAGGACAUCACCCGACGGAAUCGGAGGCACCAAGAGAUCAUCGACACCCUGGAAAAUGAACUGGCUGCCUGUGUGAGGAACAGGAAUGCGGAGGUGGAGAAGGAGAACUUUGUGAUCCAAGAGCUGAAAAACCACCUGCACCAGGUGCUCAAGUUCUCGGAGAACAGCCUCCAGCGCACCAAGCAGGAGGCGGAGAAGCAGCAGAAGGCGGACUUCCGGGCCUCGCAGGCCAGGGUGGCCAAGAUCCAGCAGGAGAUCCUGGUGCUGCAGUCGCAGUUCCACAACCUGGUCAUGGAGAACAGGGAGGUGGAGCAGGCGCUGAGGAAGAAAAAAUAUAAAUUGGAAACAGAAAUUGAGAACUGGAUCCAGAAAUAUGAUUCAGAGAUGAGUGAAAAGCAGGACGAGUAUGAGGAGCUGGACGUCAUCCACAAAGAGGAGCAGCUCCAGCUGGAGGAGCUGAAGAAACGGUACGACGUGCUGGUGGAAGAGUUCUCCCAGAUCCAGGCCGAGCGCGAGAUCUUGACCAAGAAGAGGCUGGAGGACGAGCAGGAGAUGGUGCGCAUGGUGCGGGCCGCCACGCUCAUCCAGGCCCUGUGGAAGGGCUACCUGGUCCGCUCCAUGCUCAAGUCCAAGAAGAAGCGGGGCAAGGGCAAAGGCGGGAAGAAGGGCAAGGGCAAAGAGAAGGGCAAGAAGUAAGUCCUCCCUCCGCGCUCGCCAUAAUCUGACCUCUCACUCGAGAGCUGGCCUGGGAAGCCCCGUAGUUUAUGACUUUCACGCCUUUUCAAAAUUAAAAACCAUUGUCAAACA